AUGCCUUCCACCAAGACCACCUCUUCCCAGAAGCCUGGCUACCCUCUCAGCUGCACUGUCAUGGCUAAGCCUACUGCCGCUGACCAGAAGCCCGGUUACCCUCUCAGCUGCACUGUCAUGUAA